AUGUCGCUAUCUAACGAUGACCAUGUCGUUCUCCUCCUGAGCUCUAUCCGACUCGAACUAAUGUCGAUUUUACGUGUUAGAUUGACUUCGCCGCCGUCGCACAACAAUGCAACAUCCCCACUUCAGGAGCCGCCACAUCGCGAAGGCAAAGCCAUUGCUGGAGAUAACGGCGCCCCUGCUGGGACCGGCCCCAGUGAAGUCAACCAGGGCCAGACCCAGACCCAGAACCAGAACCAGACCGCAAGCGGAGCGGCGAAGAAAGGCAGGAAGCGCAAAGAACCGGCUCCUAAGGAGGACGGUAACGGCGACGAACCAGCUCCGAAGAGGAAGAGGGGGAGGCCUCCCAAGGCUAAAGCACCUACGGAAAUAGCAGCUGAAGAGGGGGAAGAUGGCACUUCUAAGGAAGAAACCGAUCAAGCGAGCAAUACUCAUAGGGCUUUUGGUGGAGACGAGACUAUGGAUGAGGAUGAGGAGGCUUAG